AUGAGUACUGCAACCAUUCGUACCCGUCGCUACAUGAGCAACCGGCUGCUGUGCCGCAAGCAAAUGAUUUGCGAUGUCCUGCACCCUGGACUGGCCUCCGUCUCAAAGAAGGAGAUCCGCGAGAAGCUGGCCGUCAUGUACAAAACCACUCCCGACGUGGUGUUCGUGUUCGGUUUCCGCACCAACUUCGGAGGCGGCAAGUCAACCGGUUUCGGGCUGAUCUACGAUACCCUUGACCACGCUAAGAAGUUCGAACCCAAGCACCGUCUCGGCCGCCACGGACUGUACGAGAAGAAGAAGAUGACUCGCAAGCAGCGCAAGGAACGCAAGAACCGUAUGAAGAAGGUGCGCGGCACGAAGAAGGCCAAGGUUGGACAGGCCGUGAAGAAGUAAAACUCCGGA